AUGCGGGAAGCCCGCUGCAAAUGUCUUAGAAGCUCCGUCCAAAGACGCUCAUUUACACAUGAAAAGUCUAUUAGCGAUAAAGUUUGUACGUCACCAGGUAUAGCUCAGCCAAGGAUCAUUCCCUUAGACAGAGAUCACGUAAAAAUGGCCGUGGUGAGCAUGCAGAGUAUCUCGUCCGAGCAAUCCGCGCCCAAUAGACUCGGCAUAUCAGCCUUAUCUAGACAACGAUGUAACCUCUCAACACACCAAACCUGGCAAGCUGCACGCCAAAGGGGGAUCACGAGCAUCGCGGGUAGUGACAUGGCCUAAAUAUGCACGCAAGAUCAUACCGCAGAUGAUUGUCAGGUUUAAUCGAGAGAACCGAAGCUACUGUACAGAGUAAAACGGGACAUACUGAAAGAUUGGCUAGUCAAUGUUUGGAGAUAUCAAUACGAACAUUUGCAUGAGACAGGCAAGACAUAGAGCAUUCACGAUCUGAACAACACCACCGCUUCCCAUCGCUCUCCUCAGAAGUGAUAAAAAGGCAUACAAGUCAUGGACCAAACACACCGAAAAUAGUCCUGUUAUAUACAAGUUGACAUGUAUUCUAUCAUCCAGAACCUGCUCUCAUUGUCUGCUGCCCGGUCCCGAAACGCCUGUCUAGGUAGAUAGCCAAGCUUUUCACCUUCUCCCCGUUGUCCCUUGCCUCGCCAUCCCUCCUCUUACACAUCGACAACUCAAUUCCUCCACGACAAGAUACAAUAAACAAUGACAAGAGAAAAGAAAGGUCAAAAGCAUUAAAAAAAAAAAAAGGUUGGCCAGGUCGCCAGGAUGGAGCCGAACGAAUAAGUAAAAGGGACGUGGGGGCUCUACCCCUUUGGAGGCGUCAGGCGUGAAGGGGAAAUGAUGUAGGGCCGGGGCAGCCGACCUGUAAGUCUAUAAUGAAGAGCAAGGCUCAUGCCGCAUCGUCGUCUCAACAUGAUGAUGAAGAAAGAGCAUGGUGAAAGGAAACAUUUCGAGUUGGGGUUGCUCAUGUCGAGCGAUUUUCGUAGUGACUAGCUGAUCACCGCGUCGUAGUGGUAGGGUAGUCAUCACAAUCCACCUGAAG